CUGGGAUCAGCGCGUGCGAGAAGGGCGAGCAGUGGCAGCGGGCGGUGGCGCUGCUCAGCGAGAUGUGUGAGGCGAAGCUGGAGCCCAACGUCAUCUGACCUACAUUAAGGGCGAGCAGUGGCAGCGGGCGGUGGCGCUGCUCAGCGAGAUGUGUGAGGCGAAGCUGGAGCCCAACGUCACCUCUCCUAUAAUGCAGCGCCUCCUGCGUGGCAGACGGGCCUGUUCAGCUACAGCGCUGGGAUCAGCGCGUGCGAGAAGGGCGAGCAGUGGCAGCGGGCGCUGGCGCUCCUCAGCGAGACGGUGGAGGCGAAAUUGGAGCCCGACGUUAUUCAGCUACAACGCUGGGAUCAGCGCGUGCGGGAAAGGCAUGCAGUGGCAGAGUGCUCUGUCAUUGAUCAACGAGAUGUGGGAGGCGAAGUUGUUGCCUAACGUUAUCAGCUGCAGCGCUGCCAUCAGGGCUUGCGAUCGAGCAGGGAAAGAGCAACAGGCGAUUUGGUGGCUCACCGAGACGAGGGAUGCAAAGCUUGAGUCCAACGUCGCUAGCUUCAGUGAUACACUCGUUCUUGCAAUGUGCAAGCAGAUAUUGAGCAGAUCCCCUGUCAAUCCUGGGACCGAAGUGUGCGAGUACAGCAAGUAGCCGCAGCAGGCUUUGUCGCUGUUGAGGGCGAUGGGGAACAUUGAAGAUGCAUUGCAACAGCAUCAGCUAUGACGCUGGGGCCAGCGCGUGCGAGAUUUGCAGGUAGCGACAGCAGACUCCGUCGCUGCGCAGAGAGGUGUGUGGGAGGCUGCGAAGUUAGAGCCGACAUCAUCGGCUACACACCUCGUGAGUCGGGGAGCGCGAGGGCGUUGGCGUUCGGGAAGGUGUGCUUGAGGAAAUUCGACCUGGACCCUGCCGGUGGUUUUGGACGUGUGGCCAGGAUGUGCGAGCAGGACGGACAUGGGAAGCAGGUGACGUCGCUCCAGCCGACCAUCAGAGCGUGGGAUAAGAGCAUGCAGUGGUACAUGGCCUCGCUGCUGAGCGAGAUGCAGGAGGCGAAGCUGGAUCCCAACGUCUCUGUAUUAGAAUGUUGGGACCAGCGCGUGCGAGAAGGGCGAGCAGUGGCACCGGGCGCUGGCGUUGCUGAGCGAGAUGUGGGAGGCGAAACUGGAGCCCGACGUCAUCUGCACUACAAUUCUGGUCGCUGCGCGUGCGAGAUGCGCCCGCAGUGCGCCAGCUGCUUCCGACCGAGAAUAAGACC